GAGUGAUGGGCGGGGUCCGCGAUGACUGACAGGCCUUCCAAGCGCAGGCUACGGCCAUAACGCCGAGUGUCACUGUGAAUAUUACGAAACCGAGUACGAAGAAAUCGCCGCGUCUCCGAAAAACAGUGGGCGAAAAGAGGACACGAUGUGUUUUUAUCCUUGAUCUUCGCUUCGCUGUCGUUCCCGCAGAGCUGAUAAUGAUUAAAAUGAAGCUGCCCAUGAGAACGGCGGAGGAAGGAGGAGAGGAGGCGGCCGAGGACGCGCAGGAGCAACCCGACUCCGGGCUCCAUGUUCCCUGUCCGGCUGCCCAGACUGCCUCGAGCGCGACCGCGGACCCCCCGGGGAGGCUGGGAUACCCCGUAAAACUGGAUAAGGAGCGCGUGUUCGAGUGGUUCGGUUUGCACCUGGAUCCGGCGAAGCGAAUCGAAUUCAUGUGCGGGCUGCUCCAUAUGUGCCAGCCGCUGGAGCUGCGCUUCUUGGGCUCCUGCCUGGAGGACCUCGCGCGAAAGGACUUCCACGUCCUACGGGACUUCGAGAUCCGGGCGAACAGUCCGAGCGAGCUGGGCCUCCUGGGGGACGUUACCGACCCGGUGGUGCGGUCCAAGCUGCUCGUCUGCCUGUCCCUCCUGGGCUCCGAGAACAGGGAGUGUGCGGGGAUACUGUUUCGCAUCCUGAGCCACGCGGAUCCCGCCUUGUACUUCAAAGCCUACGACUUCUCUGCCGCGUCCUCGUGCGCGGAGCCGCGCCAUCUGCAGCUCCAUCCGCCCUGCGAGGACGGAGACGCGUGCGGGAGAUCGCCGGAGCCGUGCGCCGGGCCUCCGACGCCGGACGCGGCAGGGGUCGGACUCCUGGAGCAGCUGGCGUUGCUGUUCACUAUGGCCUCCCUGCACCCGGCCUUCCACUUCCACCAGCGGGAGAGCGUGCGGCUCCAGCUGGACAAAGUGGAUCUCGCCAUGGAGGGAGAGCGGCGGCGGCAGCGGCGGCACCACCACCACGGCCCGCAGCAGCAGCAACAGCAACAACAACAUCAACAACAGCAGGGCACCGACGGCCCGAUGAAGGUCCAAAAAACAGAUUACCUCCCCACCAGCACUGACACCAGCCUGAAAGACCGAGCACAACCGCACCGUUCGAGCCAGUCCCCCUCUAGGAAGUCGCAGAGGGAAGGUAAAGGCCCAGCAGUGUACAUAGAGAAGAUCAUGCUGAAAGGAAUUUCCUGGAGCAGAAAUGAAAAGGAAUACAGUUUCGAGGUGAAGUGGUCAGAUUCCUCCUCAAGUAGCGUAACAAAGACGCAGCAGGAGCUUGAGAACUUUCUGUUGAAGCUUCCAAAGGAGUUGUCCACGGAGUCCUUUGAGAAGUUACUCAAACAGGGAGAAAGCAGGGAGCUUGAGCGAACGUUAAAGGAGAAGUUCCUGUCUGCAUCUCAAGUGUUCCGACAGACUGGGAAAGUCUGUGCCUUCUUCCUCUCCGACUCCCCCGGGCCCAACUGCAGCCGCUAUAACCCAGGACCUUUGGGCAAGAGCUUCCAGCAGGACUGCUCCGAAGCGUCCAGCCAGGACGAAGGUGUGUAUCUUGAACCAUAUGUUCUGAGCCAUCGGAAGAAGCAUGGCUGCAAGAGUCCCAGCCUGAGCAGUCAGAGUGGAAAAAACUGUCCAGUCGACGGUCGCAGGGCCUUAUCCUCAGAGCUCAAUGGUGUGCCCGAUUGGAGAAGAAAGAGCUGUCCUCCGAAAACAAUCCUGGAGCCUCGGGCCCAGGGGGGAGAUCAGCCUCUGGCCGAUGACAACUGGAACUCCUCCCGUGGAAACAACAAUAAGGCGAGAGCACCACCCACUGACAGGGAGAAGGGGCAGGCAGGACAGAGCAGGCCAGGCGCUGCCAACGGGGCCCCGAAGCUGCCUGCAGUGCCAAUGAUUCGACAGCCUGCUGGGAAAGAUGCCCACUGGGACACAGGCUCGGGGCAGGACUCAUACGGGGAGACAUCAUCAGAGAGCUACAGCUCACCCUCCAGCCCCCAGCAUGAUGGGCGGGAGAGCCUGGAGAGCGAGGAUGAGAAGGACAGGGAGACCGACAGCCACUCGGAUGACUACAGCAAGGGCAAAACCGACCAUUUUCCACCUUGCAAGGCUGUAAGCGGGGCUGCCGUUGCUACUGUACACCCAAUGGUGUCCAUGGCACUGAAGGAGGAGCCGUCCCGAUCAAACAGUCCACUUAAUGCCGCCACAUUCCCUCAGAUUCCUUUUGUGCACUCCCUGCCAUUUGUGGUCCAGAACGGAGCGUGUGCACCAGAGGCAACGGGGCCUUUGCACGGUGCCGACGGGAAGGCGGCCAUGGGUGUGAUGAGCACGCUUCCUUCGGUCCUCCGUGAACCCAUCUCUGCCACUGGGGGCACCGGUGAGGCAGAGAAGACAUCCUUGCUGCAGGAGCCCACUUCCCUGCCUCACGUCCUCAGUCCUUCCCCCAUGGCCCUGCCACAGCCUGGCAGCCCAGGCCUCCAGCCCCUCAUCCAGCGCUUCAAAAGUACCGCACUGCAGGCCAGCUCCGAGAGCUGCAGUGCCUCUGCACAUCAGACACCUGUGGGCGCUAUCAGCGUGAUCCCUGCAGGCCCAGCAUACAUGUCCUCCUUGCAGCCUGCCUAUCCCAGCUCCGAUUCUGUCAUGGGUUCCGGCCUGGCUCACUCUGUCCCCCUGGUGGAGCAACAUGCUAAGGCCUCAGGCCUUUCCCUGUCAGCAGGCCUGCCACCCUCGUACACCUUGCCUAUUCCCACCACUGUUAUUCCAUCUGUGGGGGCUGUCAGCAGCUCUGCCAUGAGUCAAGCACAGGUCAUUGUCCCACCCACGGUUCCUACCCAUACUCCUGGCCCUGCCCCCAGCCCGAGCCCUGCCCUCACUCACAGCACGGCACAGAGCGACAGCACCAGCUGCGGUACCUCCACCGGGGCCUCUCCACAGCAGCCGCAGCAGCAGUCCUCUCCAUCCCAGCAGGUCGGCUGCGGAGCUUGCGGUUGCCGUGGCACCUGUGGAAGUAACCAUGCCCCAAGUUACUAUUUUCCCCCUCAGAUGCCUCGCCAGGUCCUCAGCGUCCCUCAUAUCUUUCACCUGACGUCACUUGCACACCAGAGCAAUGGCGCCACUCAGCUGCCCUUUUUCACACCCACCCAUUCGCCCUAUGCCAGUGGACCCCUGCUGCAUACUCACUCAGAUCAUGUGUUGGGCACCCAGGUGGGCUACAGCAUGCAGCAGAUGGCAGCCUUCAACCGUUUCUACCAACCUGUCUUCCCCCCAGUCAACAUAAUGCCCAGCAGCACCAUGGGAGCAGGCAUGAAAAAGAAUGGCGGUAACAUCUCCUGUUAUAACUGCGGGGUCAGCGGGCAUUAUGCCCAGGACUGCAAGCAGCCCUCCAUUGAUGCAACACAGCAAGGUGGUUUUCGGCUGAAGUACGUCACCCCUCAGUCCCCCGAGACGUUAGACAAAGCUGAAUAAAGUGACUCAUGACCACUGUCUUUUUUUUUUUUGCUACGUUACAAUAAAACCGGAGACCUUGAAUUUUAAGAGGUGUCAUUUCUUUUUCAGUUUUUUUUUUUUUCCUCCCUCUCUUUUAAACCUUUUUAAAAGGUGUGGCAAACCUGAAUAAUUGUGCCUCAUGCUUCCUUCUUACAGCUGAGGGAGAACCAGUUUUGUUAACACAAGGACUUUGCCUCGGUGGCCUCUUGUAUUUUGCACUGAAGACUGGCAGGAGACACUGGCUCAUGUUUACGGACGUAUUUCUUAAAUUGUAAAACCACCAUGUCUCUUAAGAGUAUGGAAUGAAGAUAGCUAUUUGACCUUGGAUACAAAGGGGUUCUGGAGGGAUAUAGUAAAGACUGAUGCUUUUUUUUGGCUAUAUUAUUUAUGCUUCAGGAAAAGGAUAGUGUAUAAAGUUGGGUUUUAAUUAUUUUGUCAGUGUUUUGAAUGUACAGCAAAUUACUUUAAGGAAUUUGGCAAUGUCAUGUUAUUAAAAAUGUUGCUUCAAAGCAUUCACCACUCAAUAUAAUGUGAAGCUCAUAUUAAGAUGUUAAUCAUGUCAUUGUUUUAUGCUGCUGCCUUUUUUUUUUUUUUUUGUGUGAUAUGCACUACAGCUGUCUAAGUUCUGAAACCCAUAAGUGCACUGAGGCAGUCUUGAGAUGAGCAGAGCCAGCAGUUUCACACUACAGUAACAUUCUCUUUGGCUGCUGUCCGUGCAGUAUUUUUAAGAAUAAUGCACUGUAGGUUCUGGCCACCAGGUGGUAGAGCCACUGUUUUCUUGGAAGUGCAGUUUGAUGAUGAUGAUGAUGAUGAUGAUGAUUGGGGGAGGUGUGCAUUGGUCCUGCCGGAGGAGGUGCUGUUGAGUUGUUUUGAUUGGCCUGUAGUAGAAAUGAAUGGUAGAAGAAGCUUCCAGAGAAAUGGAUCCCCUCCCCCACCACCCUGAUUUUUCCUAAAGCAGCAACAACAUUGUGUUCAGUAUGUUUGUGUAUAUAUGUGCACAAACAUGGACACACAUUUUGCAAAAUACACAUGGUAUGUUUUCAUUUCACCUUAUUGAAUGCUUAAUGUGUACAGGAUUAACGCUUCAAUGAGUUCACUUAUUACUGUGAAGGAAAACUUGAGUCGGUGGCCAUUCCAAACACAUUCUCUUAUCCUGGUUCCUUUCUGAUAAACAGCUUUGGGCUUGUGUAUGUCUUUCCGAUUGUGUGUAGCUGUGAAUAUGCCUGCAUAGACACAAAAUGCACACAUGCGUACCUGUAGAUAAGGAAACUCAUUGUUCUUGAUUAUUUGAGGUUUGAAGAUUUUGGGGUGGUUUUAAUAUAUUUCUAAUGGCUUUCUUCUAAUCCCACAGUACUACAAAUUUGCCCCCACUUGUGCUGAACAAAGUAGAAAGAUCUCUUCCGUUGUACUGACGUGAAGAAGUGGGGUGAAAUGGAAUUUAUUUUGAUAGCUAGUAAAAUGAAAAGGGUUUUAAAAAUAACUGAAGUGUGGACCACUUAAGUUCUGCAGUGGAGUGGGUGGAGAGCCAUGGUAUCUUUUAGGACUGUUUGUAUAUUAUAACCUGCAACUUGUAAUUGCUGAACUUUUAAGGUUUAAAAUGCUGUACUGUAUAUAAGGGGGUAUGUUACCUUCGUUGUACGUUUACUGUAUUCUUUGAUAUCUAAAUGUUAUGUACUGGAAAUGUCAAAUAUAUUUCUAGAAGGAAUUUGGAUUUUAUGCAAAUUCUUUAAUUUUUUUCUGGGAUUAAAAGCAAUAAAUAAA